AUGCAGGCUACUUCAGAAAAUAUCAUAGUUGGAUCUCAAGUCUGGGUGGAGGAUCCUGAGGUAGCUUGGAUAGAUGGUGAUGUUUUGGUAAUAAAUGACAAAGAAAUAAAAGUAAAAUGUUCAUCAGGAAAAGAAGUUGUUACUAAUGUAUCCCGUGUAUAUCCAAAAGAUCCCGAGUUCCCCGAAUGUGGAGUGGAUGAUAUGACAAAGUUGGCUUAUCUGCAUGAGCCCGGGGUUCUACAAAAUUUGAAAUGUCGAUUUGACAUUAAUGAAAUUUAUACUUACACAGGAAAUAUUUUGAUUGCGGUGAACCCUUUCAAACGAAUACCCAAUAUAUAUAACAAAGAAGUGAUGGAUCGAUACAAAGGAGUAGAUCUUGGGGAUCUGAGUCCGCAUCCUUAUGCUAUUGCAGAUUCGGCAUACAGGCAGAUGGUUCAUGAGAGAAUAAGCCAGUCAAUUCUGGUGAGCGGAGAAAGUGGAGCUGGUAAGACAGAAAGCACAAAAAAUCUUAUGCAGUAUCUUGCCUAUAUGGGAGGUCGCGCUGGAGGUGACGAGCGGAGUGUGGAGCAGAAAGUCCUAGAAUCUAAUCCGGUUUUAGAAGCAUUUGGUAAUGCAAAGACUGUCAGGAACAACAAUUCAAGUCGUUUCGGUAAGUUUGUUGAGAUCCAAUUCAACGAACAGGGAAAGAUCUCUGGAGCUGCUAUAAAAACUUAUUUGCUGGAAAGAUCACGUGUUUGUCAAGUUUCUGAUCCUGAGAGAAGUUAUCAUUGCUUUUACAUGCUCUGUGCUGCACCACCUGAGGUCUCUGAAAAGUAUAAAUUGGGGAACCCAGGGACGUUUCAUUACCUUAAUCAAUCGAACUGUUAUGAACUGACGGGAGUGGAUGAGUCUAAGGAGUACCUUGCAACAAAACAGGCCAUGGAGGUUGUUGGUAUCAAUUCUGAUGAGCAGGAAGCUAUAUUCCGUGUUGUGGCUGCAAUUCUCCACAUAGGGAAUAUUGGUUUCAGUAGAGGGAGCGAACCAGAUUCCUCUCAACCUAAGGAUGAUAAAUCUCGGUUUCAUCUGAAAACAGCAGCUGAGCUUUUCAUGUGCGAUGAGAUAGCUCUCCAAGAUUCUUUCUGCAAGCGUGUGAUUGUAACUCGUGGCGAGAGCAUCAGAAAAACCCUAGAUCCAAAUUCUGCAGCGCUCAAUAGAGAUGCUUUGGCCAAAAUAGUUUAUACAAGAUUAUUUGAUUGGCUUGUGAGCAAGAUUAAUAGCUCUAUUGGUCAAGAUGCAAACUCAAAAUUCUUGAUUGGGCUUCUGGAUAUUUAUGGAUUCGAGAGUUUCAAGACGAACAGUUUUGAGCAAUUUUGCAUCAAUCUGACUAAUGAAAAACUCCAACAACAUUUUAAUCAGCAUGUUUUCAAGAUGGAGCAAGAAGAGUAUACCAAAGAGGAAAUCGAUUGGAGUUACAUAGAGUUUGUGGACAAUCAAGACAUUCUAGAUCUCAUUGAAAAGAAACCUGGGGGAAUCAUUGCUCUUUUGGAUGAAGCUUGCAUGUUUCCAAGAUCCACGCACAGCACCUUUGCUGAAAAGCUUUACCAGAUGUUCAAAGACCAUAAAUGUUUUAACAAGCCAAAGCUAUCAAAGACAGACUUCACCAUUUGCCAUUAUGCUGGUGAUGUUACAUAUCAAACCGACUUGUUCUUGGAUAAGAACAAGGACUAUGUUGUUGCGGAGCAUCAGGAACUCUUGACUGCUUCAAAGUGUUCCUUUGUAGCAAGCUUAUUUCCACCUCUUCCACAAGAUUCAUCCAAAGCUUCAAAGUUUUCAUCAAUAGGUUCCAAGUUCAAGCAACAAUUACAAGCUUUACUUGAGACACUUAGUCACACAGAGCCACAUUAUGUCCGUUGCGUCAAACCAAAUAAUCUUUUAAAGCCUGGUAUAUUUGAGAAUCAGAAUAUUUUGCAACAACUUCGAUGUGGGGGAGUCAUGGAGGCAAUCAGGAUCAGCUGUGCCGGCUUUCCUACUCGUAAACCUUUUGCCGAAUUUAUAGAACGUUUCAAAGUCCUUUCACCGGAAGUCACAAAAUUAAGUGAUGAGGUGCAGGCUUCAAGGAUUCUAUUAGAGAAGGCGAACCUUAAAGGUUAUCAGAUUGGUAAAACAAAAGUGUUUCUGAGAGCAGGUCAGAUGGCAGAAAUAGAUGCUCGCAGAAGCGAGGUUUUAGGAAGAUCUGCUGUUGUUAUCCAGGCAAAAUUUCUUGGAUAUUCUGGAUUCAAGAAGUUUACCUUGUUACGAAGCUCAGUAGUACCAAUACAAGCUGCAUGUAGAGGGGAAGUUGCACGUUCUCGCUAUGAGCGUCGAAGAAGAGAAGUGGCAUGCAUGAAGAUCCAGAAACAUACACGCAUGCAUUGUAAGAGGAAAUCGUACAAACGCUUGUGUUCUUUGGCUAUUGAACUUCAAAAAAUAAUACGUGGCAUGGCUGCACGCAAAGCACUUUACUGUAGAAAGCAAGUAAGAGCAGCAGUUUUUAUCCAGAGCCGAUGCCGACAAUUUUUAGCUUCCCUUCAUUAUUUGAGGGUGAGGCAUGCGGCAAUUAUUGCUCAGUCAAUCUUUAGAGGAGACUGGGCACGCAGAGAACUAAUGAAGCUUAAAAAGGCUGCAAAGGAUACCAGUGCUCUCCAACAUGCCAAAGCUCAAUUGGAAAGGGAAAUCAAAGAAGCAGCCAUGCGUUUGCAAGAGGAGGAACGCAUGAGGGCUGAUACAGAGGAAGCUAAGAAUAAGGAAAUUGCUACAUUGCAGUCUGCUUUAAAGGAGAUGGAAGUUCAAUUGGCUGAUAUGGAGGAAGCUAAAAAUAAAGAAAGUGCAAAACUGCAGGCUGCAUUGAAGGAGUUGGAAGAUCAAUUGGCUGAUAUGGAGGAAGCUAAAAAUAAGGAAGCUUCAGACCUGCAGUCUGCUUUAAAGGAGAUGGAAGUUCAAUUGGCUGAUAUGGGGGAAGCUAAAAACAAGGAAACUUCAAGCCUGCAGUCUGCUUUAAAGGAGAUGGAAGUUCAAUUGGCUGAUAUGGAGGAAGCUAAGAAAAAGGAAACCUCAGAUCUGCAGUCUGCUUUAAAGGAGAUGGAAGCUCGCAUGGCUGAUAUGGAGGAAGCUAAAGAUAAGGAAAAUGCAAAAUUGCAGUCUGCUUUAAAGGAGAUGGAAGUCCAAUUGGUGCUCUGUAACUUUCCAAAAACUAGUUCCAUUUCUUGAUAUUCAAAACAUGAAAUAAGAGUAUACAGAAAGAAAGACUUUAAUUUUAACCUUUUUUUGUUAUUUAUUUGCAUUCAAAUUUUGUAGGCUGAUAUGGAGGACACUAAAAAUAAGGAAAUUACACAACUGCAAUCUUCUUUAAAAGAGAUGGAAGGUCAAUUCCAAGAAACUAAAGAGCUGCUGGAGGCUGCACAGAAAGAAAUGGAGCAACUUCGUGCUACUGACAAUGAGAAAAUAGAAAAUCUUACUACUGAUAAUGAAAAACUCAAGGAGAAGGUUAAUUUAUUGGAACAGGAACUUGAUGAAACACAGAAGAAAUAUGAAGAGACCAGCAAACUGAGUGAAGAUAGGUUGAUUCAGGCUUUGGAUGCAGAAUCAAAGAUAAUUGAUUUGAAACUUGAUAUGCAAAGUCUUCAAGAAAAGAUUUCUGACAUGGAAGCUGAGGACCAGAUUCUGAGACAAAAGGAACGACAGAGUGGCACACCUUCAAAGAAAUUUGAUAGCAACUUGACGCAAUCCACUAUAGGAAGGGAGCGUGACUUGGUUGAGGCUCUUAGGAAAGUUGCUACUGAAGAUGUUGGGUUUUGUCAAGGGAAACCAGUUGCUACGUAUGUCAUUUACAAAAGCCUUUUGCACUGGAAAACUUUUGAAGCAGAUAUAACUACCGUAUUUGACCGUAUAAUCCAGAUGAUGGGUUCUGCAAUAGAGAAAAAAGAAGACGUUAAGCAUAUGUCUUAUUGGCUCUGCGUCACAUCUACAUUGAUGUUUUUGAUUCAGAGGACUUUAAGUCCAAGUCCUCCGAAACCCCAGCAGCCUGCAUCGUUAUUUGGAAGGAUGACCCAAGGAUUUCGAUCAUCUUCCAAUGCUGGCAUAGUGAAACAUAUUGAGGCCAAGUACCCAGCUUUGCUUUUUAAGAAACAACUUGCUGCUUAUGUUGACAAAAUAUAUGGAUUUAUUCGUAACAACCUGAAGAAGGAUUUAUCACAACUUCUCUCCUCAUGUAUCCAGGCACCGACGAUAUCAGAUGGUAACCCUUAUCCAACUUUUUACUGGGAGCACAUCAUUGAACGCCUAAAUGAACUGCUUGAUACAUUAAAAGAAUACCAUGUGCCAUCUGUCAUUAUCCGGAAGAUGUUUGCUCAAGUUUACACCUAUAUCGAUGUACAACUUUUCAACAGCCUUCUUCUACACAAAGAGUGUUGUUCGAUCACAUAUGGGGAGUAUGUGAAAGCAGGAUUAGCAAAAUUAGAGCAAUGGUGUUCUCAGGUCACGGCAGAGUAUGCAGACUCAUCAUCAGAUGAACUUACGCAUGUAAGACAGGCAGUCGAAUUUCUGGUUAUACAACAGAAGUCUACAAUUUCAUAUGAUCAUCUCACAACUACUCUAUGUCCUGUUCUAAGUGUUCAACAACAUUACCAAAUCUGCACUCUCUAUUCGAAUGGCAAUGACGACACCAAUGGUGUCCCCCCAGAAGUUAUUUCCAAGUUAAAAGUUCUAAUGACAGAGGACUCUGGCAACCCUGAUAGUGACUCCUAUUUGUUGGAUGACAAUUCAGGCAUUUCCUUCCCAGUUGAUGAAAUUAAUAAGUCGCUCAACGAGAAAGAUUUUGCAGAAAUAAAACUUACCCCUGAAAUCGCUGAUAACCCAGGGCUCCAAUUUUUACUGGAGUAA